GCUGUAGUGUGAUUUACUGUAGACGGUCAGUAUUCGUUAUGACCGUAAACAUGAAACUUCAUCAACACUUUACAUGAAACUUAUGCUGACAAUUAGAAGUGGAAUCUCAUUGUAGAAAAUGAUGAUAUUCGUAUUCUAAUAUCUUUGACUGUCAUCAGCAGUGCAUUUGCAUCCAAGGUCAAGAGCCUUGAGCAUUUGUAUGCGAGAGAGAAAUUCACUUUAAUCUGUCAGUAUUCCUUAUGAAUAACGUCGAUUCUUACCAUUCAACCAAUGCUGAAAGUUUCAAGUGAAUCUCACUGUAACUUGGAUUGGCAGCGUUGUUUAGACGGAAAGCAUUAAUGUUGUUUAAGAGGAUAACUGACAGAUGAAAGUGAAUCUCAUAAGAACAUUACAGCCUUGAUCCACCGCUGGCGAUUCCAAAGAUAAUUUAGCAGGAAAAUAUACAAAACCGGUCUUGUUUGAUUACAACUUGCAACGAUGUAACUUGGUGUGGUUUUGCGAAUAUUUUUGUUUUAGAGAUUUAUUUUUAAUGUGAGAAGCAGAGAGAUGAGCAUCUGAAUCAUGCUGUGUUGUCAGUGCGGGGUCAGAGUUUGAACUGAACGUGUGUGCAGUCUGAUAUGAGAUAAUACGUGCCUGUGAUUUCUCUGAGUUUUUGUUUCCGACAACGGAAUUUGUCAACAUGCGACCAAUCCUAGCGGUGACCCUGUUUGUCUCCGCAUUGAUCCAGUCAUCAUCAACCGAUGACUACGAUGACAGUUAUGACAGUCAUCGAGCCAAACGCGCUCCUAUAGUGGGGGGAUAUCCGGCCUCCAGUCCGCCACCCCCGCGAAUUUUGAAUUUCGACUACGAGGACAAUGACCCCGUUCAACCCAGGCCCUCGACCUCGACCACAGCUGAGCCGGACUUCGAGACGGUCAAUGACGAUGCUAUAGUGUUCACAAGGCGGGGCAAGAGGAGGGCAGAGGUGGUUGGUACUAAGGAGAGUGAUGGACAUUACUCCUUCAAGGGCAUCAAAUAUGCGCAGGCGCCUGUUGGCAGGUAUCGGUUCCAGAGGCCAGUGAGGAUGCACUUGUCUGGAAAGAUAUCAGCCACCAAAUUUCCCCCGCCUUGCCCCCAGCCAUAUCCCAACAAUAAGGGAUACAUUGGAGAGGAGGAUUGUCUUUACUUGAAUGUCUUCACUCCCAAGAUUCCUCUGCGUGGUCAGAAGAAGUCUCCAGGUUUGCCAGUUAUUUUCUGGGUUCAUGGCGGAGGUUUCAGAAGGGGAUCCUGCUCCCAGUAUGACCCGAGGAAUUUGGUCAACAAAGGAGUUGUCGUGGUCACCAUUCAGUACAGGCUUGGAUCUCUCGGUUACCUGAGCACGAAAACGAAGGAGCUGCCUGGCAACGUGGGCCUGUUCGACAUGAACGCGGCGAUGCGCUGGACGCGCGACUACAUCCGUUUCUUCGGCGGCAACCCCAAUCGCAUCAUCGCCUCCGGCCAGGGCUCCGGUGCCAGUGCGGCCGGCAUGUGCGCCAACAACCGCUAUCACAAGGAUUCUGUCAAAGGUGUUUUCGCGAUGAGUGGAUCAUCGGUGUCGUCGUUCGCAGUGGAUGACAAGACAGAGCAGACGACCAAGGAGGUGGGGGCACUGAACGCCUGUCAGGCCGAGCAGGGAACUGCAUUCGUCCGCUGCAUGCAGGCGUUGCCUGUCGAAAAGCUCAUAGAAGCUGAUAACCAGUAUCAGGAUCAAAAAGUGCAGAGUGACGGCCCCGUAAAAGCUAUGGCGACUCCUCUGAAUCCAAGUCCAACAGUUGAGGGGAAAAACGACGGCCGAUUCCUGCCGUUCUUCGUUCAGGUGCCUCCCAUUGAGACCUUGAAAUCGGGCAAAUUCCUCAAGGUCCCCUUGUUGACCGGUGUUACUAAGGAGGAGACCAGUACUGCUGUCAAAGGUUCUCUCUUCAACCAACUGCUGGGUAAAGCAGCAGAUGUGACUCAGCUACUAACCGGAUCAAUUUUCAAGGAGCUGGUCAAUGUGAAUACAGGACUGUAUUCGAACGGAUCGGUCAACCCAACUCUCGAUACACUCUUUUCCAGCUCCAAUUAUAUUGAUGCUGUCGGAAAGAGUCUUUCAGCGGCUGCUUCUUCAAUUGACAAGUUGAUUGAGGCAACCACAGAUGCUUUAUUCAAUCUGCCAGCAUUCUUGACGUCUCAACUAUGGACGAAACACUCGAAAGCCUACAUGUACCUUUUUGAUCAUCAGUCGAAGAAAUCAACUGGAAAACACUUCUUGGAUGGCCUGCCUUUGGUGCAAACAUCGGAUGACGUUCCUAGCAAAGGUCUUGGUCACGGUGAUGACUUGAUAUAUCUGUUUGAGCCGUGCUCCCUCCAGGGAGAGCCAAUUCAGAGUGCUAAGUUGACUGCUGAGAGUGACAAGAAAGUACGAGAACAUUUUACCACAAUGGUCGCCGAAUUUGCCAGAUCUGGGGAGCCGAAAAUCCCGACCGCCGGCGUUCGCAGUUGGAGACCGUUCGACGCGGACACCAGCGAAUACCUGCAACUCUCAGACAAGCCGGCGGUCAAGACCGGUUUCCGCAAGUGCCAGAUGGCGCUAUGGGCCGGCCUCGGUGCGACCUUGAAAUCAGCAGAGUGUCAGCUGUUGGGCGCUGGCGAGCUCGUCAAUAAGCUGACUGGUCUCCCUUCCACCGACCUGCUCGAUCCCAUCGUUAACACAGAGGAUGUCACCAACGCACUCACCAAUCCGCUCAAAACGCUCACUAACAAUCCUGUCACCAAGGUCGGCGAAGGUCUCCUCACUAAGAAUCCUGUGGGAGGGCUGUUGGGGUUGGGAGGGGGAGGAGGAGGGGGAGGAGGAGGAGGAGGAAAUACACAGGGAGGUGGAAAGCAAACCACAGCCAAACCUAGUGCUCUGGGUGGUCUGGGAGGUAUAUUUGGAUAAGUCGAAUUUUGCAAAAUAAAUUGGAAAAUCAUACAACA